CUCCUCUUAUUAAACACGCGACCAGCGCUGCAAAAUCAAGAUGGCUGCCCACAGUGCCGUACUCUCCGCGUCCAAAAUAAUGAAUCCUUUCUGGGUUGGACGCCUUGGAAACACUGCUAAAGUAUUUGGAACAACUUUGAUCAGACACCGGAAUAAGACCUCGCUUACUGGAGAAAACAUUCCCCCUCCAGCAAAGUAUGGAGGCAGGCACACUGUGACCCUCAUACCUGGUGAUGGGAUCGGUCCAGAGCUUCUCAAUCAUGUCAGAGAAGUUUUCAGGUUCACCUGUGUGCCAGUUGAUUUUGAGAUGGUGAAUGUCAACUCCGCUUUGGAGACCGAUGAUGACAUGAAUAAUGCCAUCACUGCCAUCCGGCGAAAUGGAGUUGCCCUGAAGGGUAACAUAGAAACCAAACAUACCCUGCCAGCGUCUGUCAAAUCCAGAAAUAAUGUGCUGCGUUUAAACUCAUGUCACUGUAUUUCAUUUGUUAUUGUCUUCUUGUCCUACUUCCAGAGUGUAUCCGGGGUAGUGGAGAGUCUAAAGAUUAUCACCAGGAAUAAUUCCAUCAGGAUUGCUGAUUAUGCCUUCAAACUGGCCAGGGAGAGAGGUCGCCGCAGGGUCACUGCUGUACACAAAGCUAACAUCAUGAAGCUCGGUGAUGGCUUGUUCCUGCAGUGCUGCAGAGAAGUGGCCUCGGGUUAUCCAGACAUCACAUUCGACAGCAUGAUUGUGGACAAUACCACAAUGCAGCUCGUGUCCAAACCACAGCAGUUUGAUGUGAUGGUCAUGCCCAAUCUGUACGGGAAUGUGGUGAGCAACGUGUGCGAAGCAGGUUCUUGGGCUUAG